CUCCCUAUACUCCUCUUCGUGGGCUCUUUUCCCUUCUCCACUUCUCUUCCCCUCCCCGGUCACCCUCACCGGGCUCUCCAUGCCUGGUAUCCGCUAAGGUCCUUAGUCCCUGACACAGCUCCAGCUCCAAUUAUGCCGAUCCGCCCGUUGGAUGAAUGGGUCGCUGCCCGCACGCAGUCUCUCCCACUCUCCGCCCUUAAAGGUGCCGUCGUCGGUAUCGAUGCGUCGCAUUACAUCAAACAGCACCUCCUCCAUCCUUCCACCCGCGAGCCUCUCCUGGUCGCUCUUGGCGGAUUCCCGUUCGCCCUGAGGAAUAAUAUCGAACGAGAGCUGCAGCUCUUCAAGGACGCGGGCGUAACAUGUGUUUUUGUCUUCGACGGCCUCGACUUUGGCACUAAGAACCAGCGACCCCACGUAUCGCCGGAGUCGGUACGGGCAUUUGAGCAAGCUUGGGACCUCUAUGACCAACAACAGGCUGAUCAAGUGGUGGACGCAUUUAGUGGUGCUGGCACUCCUCGACCGGAAUCACUCUAUCGGUUCUUGCAUCGUAUUCUUCAUAAUAAUGAUAUAGAUUAUAUUGUGGCUCCUUAUAGUGCUGCGGCUCAGCUCGCCUACCUCUCAAAAGGCCCCAGUCCCCUGGUGGACGCAGUGUGCGGGCCAUCGGAAGUCUUGAUGUUCGACGUGGAUAAGUUAAUUACCCGGAUUGACGCCGACCUAGCGCAGUUUUCCUGGAUAACCAAACAGACAUGCCAGGAGGAAUUGGGUAGACUGUCCAAUGAGCAGUUCCUGGACUUCUGUCUCCUCCUGGGAUCUUUAUUCCUACCGACAUUCCCCAUAUUCGAGAACCCCGCCUUUCCUGGAAAGGCCGCUACCAUUCGGGAUGCUCUGCCGAUGUUCAACUCUGCUGGACGGAGCGCCCUCUCGCUGUGCGCCCAGUUCGAGGAGGAUCGCCGAAUGCAGGAGCUUCAAUACACAGACCGCUACAAGCGUGCAUUCAUGACAGUGAAGCACCAUGUGUUUAUAGACGCGGAAGGACGGGUGGGCCCGAUGGACCCAGAGAACACCUCUUCUGACAUGCACGAGCUGAUCGGCCAGCGUCUUCCUGAAGAACUCUACUUUUAUCUCUCGAAAGGUGUCUUGGGCGCUGAUGUGCCCAACUACCUGACGUCUGGCGAGGUCGUGGUAUCUCGGCCUUUGGGCGUGGAAGAUACGGAGAUCUAUCGCCAGGUUGCCGGGACCACCCUUACUCCAAUUAGAACCCAAGCGAUAUGCUUGCUUUCGAACUCCCUCCAUAGAUUCUACCAGACAAAGGUGAUCCAAGUGCGCACUUGGUAUGACGAGAAGUCCGAUACAUCAGUCAAUCUCAAGUCAUUGCCUUCGGUUAAAGACACCAUUCAGUCUUGGAAGAUCCGUAUUGAUCAGCUACCGGAGGGGUUGAAGAAACUACAGCGGUCGAAUGGCCCGUUCAAGUUUGCCGUCCAAAGCUUGAAGGAUCCAGAAUUCGUGUCCAAGUCUCUGUCUGCUAAGGAGUCCCAGCCAUUGUCGUCCCAAGAAGAGAUCCUUGCCAACGUUUUCUGGAGAUUCUUACAACUGCGUGGGUAUAUCGACGAGAAACACCAGCUCACUUCCUGGGGCCUUUGUCUGGAGCAAGCCCUAUCGGUACUUGACCCAGCCGAUAACCUUGAGGAGGCUACCUUCCUUGCUAUUGAGAUGGUACGCUUUGGUGUCCUUAAUGCGAAGCAAUGGUUUUCCCACGUAUCAGGAGGCCCGAUGAGAGGUUCCGACGAGGACAAAAACUUCAACAUUCUCGUCUCUCGCGUAGCGUGUAUCGCUAAACUACAGCAUAAGAGUAUUGGCUACUCUGGACCUCUGAGCCGGCAGUUACUCUGCUACCGAUCGUUGGUUUCGGAAGUCCGCGUCACAUUAAGGAAUCUGAUUGAAGUCGUUUUGACGGGUCUUCUACUCAGCGGAGAUGCGAACAGGGACCGGGACGACUGGACCAGUUUGAGCGUCAAAUUGCCCUUUAUCGACGACAAUGACUGCGGUCUGGGUAUCGCCGUCCGCACAUACCUUGAUGACUUGCCCCUGCAGGCCGACCCGACAUCGCCAGAGGCACGGGCUGAAGUGAAGUCAAAGGGUAAGGAAUGGUUUCAACACAGCGAUAGCUUUACAGGUAAUUUAGAUUUGGCUUUCAAGCUUUGGGAUGCGGUCUACAAAGGAACACAGCACGCCGGAAAAGAAUUCAAGGACGGUAAACUAUUUGGGGACGCAAACAGCUGUCAAGGCGCAAUUGUUUCAACCUCUGUUCCCGAACGAUUAAGCUUGUCUCCACGUCUUAUCUUCCCAAUCAUUACCAUGGCUCGUCUGAGCUACCUGCUCGUGAGCUGCCUCAGCGUCGUGAGCGCUGCUUCCGCAGUCGUCGACCUGGUUCCCAAGAACUUCGACAAUGUCGUCCUCAAGUCCGGCAAGCCCGCCCUCGUUGAAUUUUUCGCCCCCUGGUGCGGUCACUGCAAGAACCUCGCGCCUGUGUAUGAGGAGCUCGGACAAGUUUUCGCCCACGCCGAAGACAAAGUUACCAUUGGCAAGGUCGAUGCUGACGAGCACCGCGAUCUCGGCAAGAAGUUCGGUAUCCAGGGAUUCCCGACUCUCAAAUGGUUCGAUGGCAAGAGUGACAAGCCCGUGGACUACAAUGGCGGUCGGGAUUUGGAGAGCUUGUCUAACUUCGUAGCGGAGAAGACGGGCGUCAAGCCUCGUGGCCCGAAGAAGGAGCCCAGCGAGGUCGAGAUGCUGACCGAUUCCUCCUUCAAGACUACUAUUGGAAGUGACAAGGAUGUUCUGGUUGCUUUCACCGCCCCUUGGUGUGGACACUGCAAGAACCUCGCCCCUACCUGGGAGUCCCUCGCUAAGGACUUCGCCCUCGAGCCCAACGUUGUGAUCGCCAAGGUCGAUGCUGAGGCUGAGAAUGCCAAAGCCACCGCCCGGGAGCAGGGUGUCACCGGCUACCCGACCAUCAAGUUUUUCCCCAAGGGCUCUAAGGAGGCUAUUGCCUACUCUGGCGCCCGCUCGGAAGAGGCUUUCGUUGAGUUCGUGAACGAAAAGGCCGGCACUCACCGCGCCGUCGGAGGCGGGCUUGAUGACAAGGCUGGCACCAUUGCCUCCCUCGACGAGCUGGUCGCCAAGUACACCUCCUCCCAGAACGUCGAGGAGUUCCUCGGUGAGGUGAAGAAGGCUGCCAAGGACCUGCAGGACAAGUACGCUCAGUACUAUGUCAAGGUUGCCGAGAAGCUCAGCCAGAACAAGGAGUAUGCCGGCAAGGAGUUGGCCCGUCUGAAGAAGAUCAUCGCCAAGGGUGGUUCGGCGCCGGAGAAGAUCGACGACCUCAUCUCUCGUAGCAAUGUUCUGCGCCAGUUCCUGAGCCAGGAGAAGAGCGAUAUGGACAUGAAGGACGAGCUGUAGAUGUACAAUUUCGUAUAUGACGUGUGAUUAGGAUACAGCCGGAGAGCUAGCUAUAUGUGAUAUGAACGUGCUCUUGGUUAUAUAAAACUCUGGAAUAAGUCCGUCUCUGUACGACU